UAUGAAUAGAUGAUAAUGAGCGCAACGCAUGUUUUGCAUUCAUCUUAUCACAAGACUUUGACCGCUAGCUCAUUCAGUAAUUGAAUUUUCUACGAUCUGAUGUGCAAUGAACCGGUCGCCACCACGAAAACCGGUGUUGAUAAAGAUUUUUCGCUUGCAAUUAAUUAGCUUUUGUAUUUACUAUUUCCAUUUAAAACAACAAAACAGUCUAGCGGCUGAUAAAGAACUCGGCUUAUUCAGACGCGCACUACCUCAAUUUUUAGCCGUUGGAUGCAAAAAUCUCGUGCUGCUCGGCUAUGGCAUGACUAUUGGAUUCCCAACGAUUAUUAUACCAGCAAUUCAGGGCGGCGAUGCACGUGAUGCCAGCAAAGGUGAAUUCAAACUCUCAGAUGAUCAGGUGUCGUGGUUAAGUUCAAUCAACUUGCUAUGUGUUCCACUUGGCUGCUUUUUGUCGGGAAUGCUAACCGAGCCGACUGGCAAACGACGCGCAAUGCAGUUAGUGAACGUGCCGAUGAUCGUCUCAUGGCUACUCUUCUAUUUUUCGACCAACGUUAAUUACUUGUACACGGGAUUGUGUUUAUCGGGUCUCAGCGGCGGUUUAAUGGAAGCACCAGUGCUUACGUAUGUGGCCGAAGUGACACAGCCUCAGUUUCGUGGUAUGUUAGCAGCAACUGGAACAACGUGCGUCAUUACUGGAAUAUUUGUGCAAUUUAUUUUGGGCACAUUCUUCUCGUGGCGAGAAGUGGCAUUGAUUUCAUGUUUUUUGCCGCUGUUCACGAUAACAGCUCUAUUCUUUGUGCCGGAAAGCCCAUAUUGGCUAUUGACAAAAGGUCGCGUUGAAGAAGCUCAACACUCACUGUGUUGGUUGAGAGGAUGGGUACCGUUCUCAAGAGUCGAAACUGAAUUUAAUGAAAUCCAUCGAGUUUUAGAUGAAAAACGACGCGAAGUCGAAGCCUAUCGUGAAAUGCCUUAUUAUAAACGCUUUGAGCCGUUCUCAAAACGUGGUUUCAUCGCACCAUUCAUUCUAGUCUCAGCCACAUUCUUUGUUGGCCAUUUUUCCGGUAAAACACCACUUCAGACAUAUGCAGUUCAGAUUUUCAACACGUUGAAAGCUCCGAUUGACAAGUAUUAUGCGACGAUUAUGUUGGGCGGUGCUGAAUUGGUGGGUGCAUUCACAUGCGUUUUAUUGGUGCAUUCAACUGGAAAGCGACCAUUAGUCUUUGCUUCGCUCAUUGGAACCGGUUUUUGUUUCUUUGCCACCGCCACUUAUGCUCAUUUUCUAGACACCGUACCCGGUGUUUCGGUAGACAAUGUCGUAGCCAAUUAUUCCAUGGAAAAUUUGGAUCGAUCCAGUUUCGUUGAUCAACGAAACUUAACAGCCGCUUUUAGUAAUUUAACCGAUUUUGAAAAUGUAAUGCAUUUUGAAAUGACGACUGAAUUUUUAACCACCUAUGACGAUGGUACACAAACAACAACCGAUUCAAUUCUGGAAACAACGGCACGUUACAAGCGAGCGAACGUUGUAGAAUCUCCAAGCGGAAGCAAUAUGACGGUUGGUGAUGAAAGCAACAUUAUUCUACACAUUCCAAAUGCCAAAGAAAAUAAGUAUUUGUGGCUGCCGCUUACGUUGCUGAUUGCCGGCGCUGUACUUAGUCAUUUAGGAAUCCGCAUAAUCCCAUGGAUGCUCAUCGGUGAAGUGUUUCCGGUGAAUGUUCGAAGUGCUGCAUCUGGACUUUCAAGCGGUUUGGGUUACAUUUUUGCAUUCCUCGCAAAUAAAUUGUUCUUAUCAAUGCUGGCCACACUCACAUUAUCCGGAACAUUUUGGUUUUACUCAGCGGUUGCAUUCAUCGGUUGCAUAAUUUUCUAUUUCACGCUGCCCGAAACAGAAGGUCGAACUCUGUUGGAAAUUGAAGAACAUUUCUUGGGCAAACGAUAUCUGUCAGAAAAGAAACCAAAAAGUGAUGGCCUUGAAAAUGGAGUGACGAACCAUGGAUUCGAUAUAGUUACAGUUGUACCACAAACGGUAAUCAAAUCUCCAGCGCUACAGCCUAAUGGCCAUGAUUCAAAUGACAAUAAUAGUCUAAAAGUGAAUGGCAAUCAGAAUGAACAUAGGCUUAGCAUCCCGGAAAUAUUUAUCACAUUGGAUAGACAGCCGGGAGCUGGAUCAAAGCGAUACAAACAUAGAGUUACCGAUACAAUUCGCUCAAGAAAUUCGAUAAAUUCAAAUGAAGAAGACGUACAAGAUACACGAUUGUAACAGUUUUAGCGAAUGAAAAUUAUGAUUUUUCAAUAAUUUUAAUUAUAAAACAAA